UCCAGUCUUGCCGGGACGCUUAGGGGGCAGCCCUCGUGCCAUCAGCACGUGUGCAGCCGUGUGCCCCUAGGGGUGGAGUCUUAGGGGUGGGGAUCGUCCGAGGCCGGAGGGUGUGCAGCCCCCGGGACCUCCCCCGGGCCAAAGCUGAUAGGAAAGGGCGACAGAACAAGAAUUUCUGGCCUGCCUUGCUGUACCCCCGCGUAGCUCAUCUGCCUUCGCUUGCUCUGAAUUUUCUUCCUUUCCCAGCCUUUCUGAAUGCAACUUGAAAAACUUUUUUUUUGCGAGGGGUGCGGGGGAAGAUGUUCGAUUUUGUUACUCUCAGAAAUACAUUUUUGGUCCCUGUACCUAUUGAGUGUCUUUUGGCGUUGCAUAUGCAUAUUUAAGCAUAAGGAUAGGACCUCACAAUAAGCAGAUGUAAGGAAAGUUCCAGAGACGGGAAAAUGUUUAAAAUAUUUCCAGUCAAGUGCAUCAAGUGUGCGCUGGGCCAUGCCUGGACUCAGCAAGCGUAUCGAUGAGGAGACUGGACCUCUGUCUACCUCAGGAUCCUCAUGGGGAAAAUGGGGCUGUCCAAGGAGACAAGAUUCGCCAAUUACACAGUGAUGACAUCGUGACCAAUGACGGUCAGUAUAACUUCCAGAGCUGUCCAAGAAUUGCUCACAUCCCAGAGCAUGUGACUGGGGUGCUGUCCAGUGGAGUUAUUUGAAAAGCUGUGUGACAUCCUUGGAGCAAAGGCAUGGUGUCUGUUUCCCGUUGAUCAGCCCCACCAGACAGCCUCCUAAGAACUGGGAGAUGAGGAUCCUUUGGUUUCUGCUGCUGUUCCUGUGUGAGGCCCAGAGCCAGACAUUGUCGAGGCCCAACUUCGUCUUGCUGGUGGCUGAUGACUUAGGCAUCGGAGACCCCGGGUGCUAUGGAAACAAGACCCUCAGGACACCCGGUAUGGACCGGCUGGCCCAGGAGGGCGUGAAGCUCACCCAGCACCUGGCGGCAUCGCCCCUGUGCACGCCGAGCAGGGCCGCCUUCAUGACGGGCCGCUACCCCGUCCGAUCAGGAAUGGCAUCGGCGGCCCGCGUAGGAGUUUUCAUCUUCUCAGCCUGUUCUGGAGGACUUCCCACCAGUGAGGUUACAUUCGCCAAGCUUCUGAAGAAUCAAGGGUACUCAACAGCUCUGAUAGGAAAGUGGCACCUCGGUAACAACUGUCACAACAACGCAGACUUUUGUCACCAUCCCCUGAGCCACGGCUUCGGUUAUUUCUAUGGGCUUCUCGGGACCAACAUGAGAGACUGCAAGCCGGGGGAUGGCACCGUCUUCAUCGGGGGCAUCAGGGUGCUGGCCUACACCCCGCUGAAGGUCAUCACCAUCACCCUGCUCACCCUGGUGGCCCUCAAGCACCUGGGCCUGCUCGACGUGCCCCCCGCUGUUUUCUUCUGCCUGCUUUUCCUGGCCGCCCUGAUCCUCGGCCUCCUGCUGGCCUUCCUCCACUACUUCCGGCCCCUGAACUGCUUUCUGAUAAGGGACCACGAGAUCACCCAGCAGCCCAUGUCCUAUGACAACCUCACGCAGAGGCUGACGCGCGACGCAGCCAGCUUCAUACGACGGAACGUUGACACACCGUUCCUGCUUGUCCUGUCCUACCUGCACGUGCACACGGCCCUCUACUCUUCCGAGGAGUUUGCCGGCAAAAGUAAACAUGGCACUUACGGGGAUGCUGUCGAGGAAAUGGACUGGAGCAUUGGACAGAUUUUGAACGUUCUGGAUGAGUUGAGACUGACUAAUAAUACACUCGUCUACUUCACAUCGGACCACGGAGCACAUGUGGAAGAGCUGAACAGCAAAGGGGAAGUUCACGGAGGAAGUAACGGGAUCUAUAAAGGGGGAAAAUCAAAUAACUGGGAAGGAGGUAUCCGGAUUCCAGGCAUCUUCCGAUGGCCGGGAGUGCUUCAGGCUGGGCUGGAGAUCGACGAACCCACGAGCAACAUGGAUGUGUUUCCGACGGUGGUCAAGCUUGCCGGAUCGCCGCUACCUGAGGACAGGGUCAUCGAUGGGCGUGAUCUGAUGCCCCUGCUUCAAGGGAGAAGCCAACGCUCGGACCACGAGUUCCUCUUUCAUUACUGCAACGUCUACCUAAAUGCCGUGCGUUGGCACCCGCAGAACAGCUCGUCCAUCUGGAAAGCCUUUUUCUUCACCCCCAAGUUCACCCCCGAGGGGGCCAACGGAUGCUUUUCCACCCACCUGUGUUUCUGUUAUGGGCAGUACAUCACUCACCACGACCCGCCUUUGCUCUUUGAUAUUUCCAAAGACCCGCGAGAGAGGAACCCCUUAAGCCCGAGGACCGAGCCGCGGUUCCGGGAGAUCGUGGCCACGAUGCAACAGGCUGCGGACCUCCACACCCGGGCCCUGCAGGCGGUCCCCAACCAGCUGUCGCUGGGGAAUAUCCUCUGGAAGCCCUGGCUCCAGAUGUGCUGCUCAUCCUCGGGCCUGUCCUGCCAGUGCGACCGGGAAGCCCAGGACGAAAGAGAGACACUUUAGCCAGCGUGCGCCCACCUCCUCCCUACACCCCCACCUCCCCCAGCUGGGUGCCCCUCCAUGCAUGGCCUGCCGGGCCAGCACCACAGACGCAUCAAUUCCCUGUCACCUCACCUGAAGCCUCCACCGAGGGCCCCCCGCGGGACAGCUACCCCAUGGGAAGGAAUCAGGACUUACCGCCUAGGGAGGGCAUGUGGCCAAAGCCCGUGGCUUUCCUGUAAAUGCGACGGGGGGUGGGGGUGGGGUCAGAAUGAGCGUGGCCAACAGCAGCACAGACAGUAGGAAGGUGCCCACCUCUCCUGGUCACCCCUGAGGAAAUGUGUGUGAGGAAUGGGGCAAUGUGUCAUUUAUUCCAUGACUGUGUGUGGCACCCUGGCUGCCAUGACCCCCAUCCCCCACCUAGUGCAAUAGUAAUAAAGAGAAUAACAUUGAAAAAGUGUUCAGUAAAUCUUAACAUAUGCAACUGUCCCUUCCGUACCAACACCAGAUGAUGUGAAGGUCCAGUCUGGUCACAGGAAGGUAAAUCCCAGCAUCAUUUAGAACACAUACUAAAUACUCUAGAUGACAUGUUUUUAUAUAUGCACAGCCUCUUUCUUUCCUGGACAAGGGUGAGGUAUCUAGAAUGCGCAACUAAAAGCUUAUCGCUGACUGAAAAUGGUAGAAGCUCACAGGUGUGUUUCUGAGCCAACAGAGGCUACAGGUAUUUCACGGAAUCUGUCAGGCCCUCCGGUGAUCUCAGGACACCCCCCUCCCGGCUGACUUCCACCCCCUGAUUUGUGAUAUUACAUUUGCGUCCUGAUGUUUCUUUGGUGAAUGGAAAUUCAGGACUAAAAGGCUAUAGCUCCACAAACUCCUUCCACGAUAAUUCAGAAUUAUUGCAAUGGCAAGUGUAUGAUAAUGUGGGGUCACAAGCAAUCCACGGUCCACACCACAACCAUGACAUCUUUACUUCUUGGAGCGUUUAGUGAUGGAAGACAGCACUCAAUGUAAGUCCUUCUGUUGUGUUGUGAUCUUGCCCUGUGGCCAGGAAAUAUCUGUGCCUCCAGUCCGCAGUGAGAUGUACAGCUUUUUUUUUUUAUAAUUCCAUUUCCCCAACCUCAGCCCUUAAGGGACAAGGCGUAAUGGGGUCACAUAGGGAAUUGGCAGAUAGGGGCACAGCAGGAGUCAGUUCUCCAGCCUGCACCUGGUGUCACUCCUGAGGAGAGAACUCAGCCUUGUGAAAUAGCUUUCUGCCAGUCUGGAAAACGCAGUGCAGUCCCCACCAGCAUCACGGGGUCACCGUCCCUGACCAGCCCACAGGAGCUUCCAUUCUUGUGCCCAGCUGUUCAUCUCUCAGAAACCCGACUGAGCAUCCUGUUCACCCAGCAUUUGCUCAGUUCCACGAGAGAGCGGGCAGAUGGGAAUCCCAGAUGCACGUGGCAUUAGGAGAGAAGACGUGCCCCGUCCCAGGUGUUCUGGUGAUGGGGUGUAACUUCCUUUAUUUAUCCCCCACUGAAGAAUUUCCAAGGUACAACAGCCCUUCCCACUUCCUCUUAAGAUCCGCUAGUUCAGAUUUCCACCUCUCUUUUCUUUUUCCUAAAAUAAUAGAAGUGGAUUUUUUUUUUCUCUUCCUGGGAAUGGUUGAAAGUCAGAAAACAAGACAGGAUUCUUACCUUGAAUGUGGAUUUCUCAUUGCAAAAGCACCUGACGUCUGUCAUCCUGUGUGAGGAAAUGUGAUUAAGGAGGGUUGUGAGUCACCAAUGUGUUAGGAUGAUGGCUAAUGUUACUGUGCAAAAACUGUUUGACGCCACUAUUAGGAACUUGUGUUUUAAGAUGAUGCUGUUUACCCCAAGUCCACAUACACAAUGCACAUGAACUUUUCCACAACUCUUUGUGGUAUGGGAAUGUGUGUUUCAGGAGUGAAUAACUUGAAGCAUUUUUAUAGAUUAUGUGAAUCCGUAUUUAGGGAUAGAAUUGUUUCAGCUGUGUGCUAACAGCAAAUGAAGGACACAUUUACCUCUGUUGAUAAAAUGGGCUUUGCAAUAUUUGCCUCAGAGUAGCUUAGAUCACCACUGUGUAUUCAAACAUCAGGUUUGUUUGAAAUAACCGUAAUUAUGUUAGAUUUCCAACCAUUUACCAUCUGAAAGUUUUGCUUGGAAUGGACAACAGGACAUUGGAAGUCUUCUGCUCGGGAGAGACCUAAAAUUCUUCUUUACAACCUUGUUUUGUUUUUAUUUUUCCAAAGCUGUCCGUGGCUACUUACUUCCAAACCACCCCGUUGACAUUACCUCUCGAGUCGCAUGUCCAAAUCUUGGUGGGUUCUGAAGCAUUAAGCACAUGCUUUAAAAAAAAGAAAUCUUUAUAUUCCUAGUAUUUCAUACAUGUGAGAAAC